UGGCGCUGAACUCAGAAUAGAAAGGGGUGCCGUUCCCAGCCUCGUGGAGUCCCCGAAGAAAAGGGCCCACGUCCGUCAGGAGGCUCGCGCUAACUCGUGCGGGUGACUGCCACAUCCCGGGUGUGGGAAAAUGCAUUCUUUUGUUGUUGGCGGAGACAGGCCCCUUCCGCAGCUCCCGGGCCAAGGCUAGCCAACGACCUGGAGAAACAGAGUGGAAAAUGCAAAACAACGAAAUCAUUAAACCUGCCAAGUACUUCUCAGAGUUGGAGAAGAGCAUCCUGCUUGCCUUAGUAGAGAAGUACAAAUAUGUGCUGGAAUGCAAGAAGAGCGACGCGCGGACUAUUGCCCUCAAGCAGCGGACCUGGCAGGCCUUGGCCCACGAGUACAACUCGCAGCCCAGCGUAUCGCUGCGGGACUUCAAACAGCUGAAGAAGUGUUGGGAGAACAUCAAAGCUCGGACCAAAAAAAUUAUGGCCCACGAGAGGAGGGAGAAAGUGAAGCGCAGCGGGAGCCCACUGCUGAGCAGCCACGUCCUGGACAAGGAGAAGAUCAGCAGCAUGCUGCCGGAGCAGCUCUACUUCCUUCAGAGCCCACCGGAGGAGGAGCCCGAGUACCACCAGGACGCGGCCGCUCAAGAAUUAAAUCUGAGAGAAUCUGACAUCAGAGUGUGUGAUGAAUCUUCGUGUAAAUAUGGAGGUGUCUGCAAAGAAGAUGGAGACGGUUUGAAAUGUGCAUGCCAGUUUCAGUGCCAUACAAAUUACAUUCCUGUCUGUGGAUCAAACGGGGACACUUACCAGAAUGAGUGUUUUCUCAGGAGGGCUGCUUGCAAGCACCAGAAAGACAUAACAGUGGUGGCACGUGGACCUUGCUAUUCUGAUAACGGCUCUGGAUCUGGAGAAGGAGAGGAGGAAGGCUCAGGAGCAGGGGCUCACAGGAAACAUUCCAAGUGUGGACCGUGCAAGUACAAGGCUGAGUGUGACGAGGAUGCGGAAAAUGUUGGGUGUGUGUGUAACAUAGACUGCAGUGGGUACAGCUUUAACCCCGUGUGCGCUUCUGAUGGGAGUUCCUAUAACAACCCCUGUUUCGUUCGAGAAGCAUCUUGUAUAAAGCAAGAGCAGAUCGACAUAAGGCACCUUGGCCACUGCACAGACACAGACGAUGCAAGUUUGUUGGGGAAGAAGGAUGACGGGCUGCAGUACCGGCCAGAUGUGAAAGAUGCAGGUGAUCAAAGGGAAGAUGUUUAUAUCGGAAGCCACAUGCCUUGCCCUGAAAACCUGAAUGGGUACUGCAUCCACGGGAAAUGUGAAUUCAUCUACUCUACUCAGAAGGCCUCUUGUAGAUGCGAAUCUGGUUAUACUGGACAGCACUGUGAGAAGACGGACUUUAGUAUUCUCUAUGUAGUACCAAGUAGGCAGAAGCUCACCCAUGUUCUUAUCGCAGCCAUUAUUGGAGCAGUCCAGAUCGCCAUUAUAGUAGCAAUCGUCAUGUGCAUAACAAGAAAAUGCCCCAAGAACAAUAGAGGACGACGGCAGAAGCAAAACCUAGGUCAUUUUACUUCAGAUACUUCAUCCAGAAUGGUUUGAGCUGCUGACUUUUAUAUGCACACUGACCACGUGAUGUACAUUUAUUAUGUCUUUUUUUAAAGAAUGGAAAUAUUUAUUUCAGAGGCCUUAUUUUUGGACAUUUUUAGUGUAGUACUGUUGGCUCGUAUUUAGAAUAUUUAGCUACAACAGUUUUUGACUGUUUAGUAGUCUCUGUUUUAUGUUUUUAAAUACGGAAAUUGGCUUCACGAAUUUGUAACACAUGGUAAUACUAAGACUUGUUCUUUAUCCAUGGAAUGUAAUAUUUUUGCAGAGACGGAUGGACCCACUUCAUGGUGGUUAUAAAGUCAUACUUCUUCCCCAAUGACCACAGCAAAUGACAAAGCAUGAACUAAAAGUAAAGAUGUUUACAGAUUACUUUUCUUACAGAAAGAAAAUCUAGAGGACACUGUGUUUAAAUAGAUAUUUAAAUGUUUUUGAGAUUUAGUACCUGAUUUUUUUAGACACUUCCCCUAUUGCAUGAGCUGCAAAGCUGUGUGUGUGUUAGAUGUAACAUAUUUAUAAGCUGUAUGAACUGGAAUGGACAGUUUCUCUCUUUGAAGAAAUAAUCCUAAUAAUUUUAAAAGGUAUCUGGGAAUUAAUGAUGGAACAGAUCACCGAAAAUAGAUUUAGAUAUUGUCAAGAUAGGGUAUUUAAUGAGCAGAUUGGAAUAAAACCUACGGUAUCAGUUAAACUACUUUAAUACAUAUUCAUUUUUAAACAUUGUAUUUGUUUUAAUAUAAGUGUACAAAUUGUAUCAGUGUUUGUGAAUACAGUGCAGAACUAAUUGUUAAUGAUUGGUGCUCUGAAAGUGAGCUUAAAAAUGACCUAAGACCUCUAAUUCAAAUCUGUCCUGUUGUAGCUGUAUUAAUAGACGAUUGAUGUUUAAGUCUGAACUGUGAGUAGGAUGUAUCGAGGUGUUUAACGUGUAGUUUAGCCAGUCAAAAGUAUGCAUGUAGAAUUUAAAGACUAUGUUUAAACUUAAAUAUUAAUUUUAAUAAUUUGAUUUGGAAAAGCAUGUUAUAAUAUAAUGUUUUCACUAUA